AUGAUGAUUAGGAGAAAUAACGCACCGCGCCAACCAAAAGCUACUAAAGCAUCCAAAAAUCAGGAUGGUAGUCACGUUUUUAUUUUGAUUUUGUAGCUUGAGUGCGAUUGCAUUAAUUGCUGAGUUUCUUUCAUGUUAUCUCCCCGGCGUCAUUGCACGUAUUUAUGGCGUCGGCCUGAUUUUCUAACACUCAAUUGUGGGUGUUUUAUUUACUUUUUGUAGCGAGCUGUUCACGGAUUGGAUCAGAGUACCAAGCAGUUGUUCCGGAUUUUGUCUAUGCGCCUUCCCCCCCUUAUCAGUUGUCCGCGUCAAAGCUUGAAAUUAAUGUAUGGAGGCCAUCAAUCGCUCCGCACUCUUCAGUUCUAGAUGGCGUUUUUCAGGAAGCUUCCAAAAAUAGGUAACAGUUGCGUCCUUUUGUUAAUAUUUUGUUUUACUGCCCUUCGCGACAAUGGGAGACCACGCUUGCGAUACAUGUUGACUUCAGAUAUGGCUAAGUACAAACUCGAAUCGUGCCUUUGAUAUAACUUGUCGUAUACCUAUCCUCAUUUGUCUCUCCAGAGAGGUUGUUUUGAGUUUUGCGUCUGCAAAACGGUCUGUGCGUGUAGACGACACCGACGUAGUUUUUACAUACUCAAGAAUAAUUUACGCAGAGAAAUGAUUAUAAUAAAGCGCAUCGAAUACCAUUCCCUAUAUACUUUUUCGCAUUUCCCAACGACAGGAACAUGUCAACAAUUUCCUAAGACGACUUUUGAAAACCGCUUUAUGCUAUUCAGUGUUUGAACCGACAAUGCGAGCUACUGCUUCAAUUUUUUACAAAUAUUUCAGCUUCCCCACUGAGGCUGUGCAUGUUUUUCUGCACUGUCACAAUUACGACGUUUCUCGUACGCUGACUGACUUGCCAAAUUAUCACCCCCUCCUCAACACAUGGAGCAAACAUGAAGUACAGAGGUUUCUCAAAUGUGUUGACAGCAAACCGCGAAAAAACUUUGUAAACGUGAAGCGAUCGGUAAGUCAUAACUUGCGACUAACAUGUGCUGAUUAGUUGUACUCAAAUUAGUUUUACUUUUAUUGUUCACUUAUCGCCUCGUAGACGUCCGUUCACUUAGUUUUUUGUUACUUGAUCUCAGUGGUUCGUUAAGCCACCUGUCAGUAACUUUGAUAAAAUAGUCAAGGUAGACCCAAUGAGGACCGCGUAGUGUUGUGGGUUCCUAUUUUUUGGGAAAAUGUUGUAUUACCAAAUAUAUUUUAUGCCUACGUCCAUUCUAAUUCGAGGUCUGUCUUUUCCAUCAACGCCAAAGGCUCCUUAUAGUCCCCUUGCAUCUUAGGCUAAAGCAACGAGUUUUAAGCUGAUUAACUGACUGCUUUCGUAUUAUCUGAUGAGUACUUACCCUACGGUCUUUGCAUGCGUUUUAAUACUCCGUUCGCCACAUAUGAUUAACCAUACGUCUAACGUAAGAUAUUUUCCUGGCCCCAAGUACGGUCGUAACUUUCAGAAAACGCGUUUUCUGAUCAUUCUGAAUAUUUUUCACAAAGUGGCGACGCUGAACUUCUAAAACUCGGCGCUCCUCUGUUGACUUAAUUAAUAUAACCCUAUUUAAAAUGUUUUUUUAUGAUGAAACUUCUGAGGAAUUGCAUUUAAGAUUUGAGGUCACAAAAACCCGAAUAGACGAUCCAGCAUUUUGCAACGUGCUUUGAGUCAUUAUCGAUGAUUUAACGCAUGGUUCUUCUAGUCUUUUAGCUAAUCGGGACUAACGUUAGUUUUAGACGUGAGUUUUGUCUAUUUAGUUGGACAUACUACGGUUAUGAUUUCUGGAUUGCCGGUAAUUUGAUUUUUAGGACCUGUGCACACUGCAGGGCGUCUGACAGUCGGUUUCCUCGCAACACGGCUCCAAAAUAAAUACUUUGUCCUACCUAUAGACUGGAGGUUGUUUUCUCGGUUUACAAGUUCGUAAUUAGUGUAUUCCUCUGCCGCUACAGCCGUGGUCCAGAUUGUAACACUAGGGCUUUACCUAUCUGCCUCUUGCAUUGCACUACGCCAUGACUGGCAAGAAUCACCCAGUUAUUCUUUCUGUCUGUGAGUUUAUUAGUCUGUUGUCUACUCUGCGUAUAAAGUACAUCACUUGAUCGGAGCACUCCAGAUCACGUGCGCGUAAAUUGCUUUGUUCCCACUUAUUUCAAAGUCCACGGGAGUGUAAAUUGGUAAUGCUUAGUAAUUAGAAGACAGGCCCGUGCAACUUGCCAAAAUUUUUGACUGGAGCUAUGUUCAACUUUUCGUACAGUUAAAAGUCGUUGUACGGCAAGAUUUUGAACCUUUCCCUAUUAGUAGAUUUCAGACUGCACGUUGGCGGAACUUAACUCAAACCCUCUGCUGCAUGCUUCCAUUAGAUGCGCCCAUAAGAAACCUUUAGAAUUUUUUAUAUGCACGUUUCACCAAAUGCUUAUUAUUUGGGCAUAAGCAUCCUUCAUGGACCCGCAAUUCUGUGCUAGAGCACUAGAGUCAAGCUGACUGAUGACGGAGAGUAGGCAAGGAAAAAUAACGUUUCUCAAAGUUGAAUUUGAGGCACAGUUACCUGAACUCUUACCUCAGAUUAUAGAUUUAUUUUGCAUUUAUUAAAAAAAUAUCCGAUAUUGCGCGGAAGGAGGCGAACUUCCCCAGAUCUCUUGGGCCACUAUGUGUGAUAAAGGAUAUUUCGGACGACCCUGUCUACGUAAUUUGUUGUUCACAUAGUAUUAUUACUUUCAUUAUUUAUUACUUGGUGCCUGGAGUGUUCGAUCGCAUAGGAACAAAUUUCACCGGUUUCCCCUUAUCAAGAAUUGACAUGGAUGUCGGAAUCAGAAUGGCCGCAAGCACGUCAGUAAGAUGGUGCGAACAAAGUAGGAUGGAAGAAUUGAAAUGAAUUAAGACCCUAUAAUUGCGCAUUAUUCCUCUUUUAAUUUUCGUAUCGGAACUAAAAAGAGAAACAGAACAAUAACUAGUGAGGCAGAAUUUGGUCAGAGCAAUGAUGUAGCAUAGAGGUUUGCCCGUUGUUAUGCAGAUGGGCAGUGUCAUCGUUAUGAACACUAAAAGGUGUUGCAGUAUUAUGCUUGCCGGCUGAACUGGCGUCGCCUUCUUUCCUCAGUGGUCAGGAGGAAACUAAAGACUAUUUCCAAGCAUCAGCGUGGGAGUCUCCUGAUGACAAUCAUCAAUCUUUCUUUACUUUCUGGAAGCAAGCAAGCGGGCUAACGGAUAGUGUUUCUUCUCUGUCGCCAUUGGGCCCUUUGUGAACAUACUGGAGUUUGUAUCGGAGCAGAUCAACCUCCUCAACGAACGGAUCAUGUUUAAAGUGUUGACUGCUUUUCUCCAACAGAACUCGGCCGGGAGAGGUGAGACAGAUAGGGAGAGUGCUUUCCGUGGUGGACAAACGCUUUCAUAUAGUGUCGUGUUAGUAGUGGUCCGUGAAAAUGAUCUAAUUGAGUGCAAGUCGUCGUGUAGAACGGACUCUCAGUGAGUGGCAGACUUUAAGAUUUUGAAGCAAGCAAAAUAGUGUUUUAUAGAGUUUGGUUAAAAUGCUCGACUUGCCCGUCUCCCUGGUGAUUUUGCGAAGUUGUCCUGCUAGUCGUGUGGCAUAAAUGACGGUCCCCGAUCGGCGUGGAUGCACUAAGGAGUACCGAAACUGGAGAAGGGCUAGAAUAAACUUGUAAUAACGACUGCGGCAGUCUGAUCAUAACAGGCAAGUGUAAAUUAAAAACGAAAAUAUUCUUCAAUUAUCGUCAACAGAUAGAGAUUGCGGGUCACUGACAGAAUUUGGUAUAACACUUGCAAAAAGAAGUAGACUUUGACUUCAAAGCAGAUCCGACAUAUAGCGACAACAUUUACGGUUCUCCAUAGCCUAGAGGCACCAGGAUGACACUCGGCACUCGUUAGCAUGGCCCAGCAACAACUACGAGAAAACGUUUCCGCCACUUGGCUUUAUUUACCAGGUUGGUAAACAAUUUUGAAUUUAAAUGACGAUAUCUCUAACCGCCAACGCACGACCUUGUCAUUCUCCACCUUCCCUUUUCGUUGAUUGCCACCGAUAAAGGCGACAGAACGCUGAUCUGUUAUGAGUUUAAAAUGAUUACGGAGGUGAAAAUAUCCUCAAGGUUCUCGCGCAUAAUUACGUCGUCAAUAGUUCGUUGGAAGCAUGGAACUUCAUCGGUGGCACCAAACGGGAUUCGACGAUAUCGAUGCAAAAGUCCACAAGCUCCAAAUGCAGUGUAUGGCCUUUCCUCUGCCUGGAUAGGUAUCUGGUAAUAGGCGCUCUUGAAAUCAAGAAUGCUAUACCUGUCGCAGUUUGCAAUAUGUUUGAUCAUUUCUUGGAGGAGGGGGAUAGUCAUCGAGGAGUAUGUAUUUGCUUUUAGUUUGACUAUGAUCAACAACUGUUCGCAUUUUGUGAUUUUCAUUUGGCUACCACCAGGACUUGGACCGCCAAGAGGAUACGGAGGGCUUAACUACUACUUCAGACAGAAGACGACGAAUCUUUUAUUGCAAAAGUCCUUCACUUACUUUAGCGUAGCUACGAGAUUUUGUUGCGACGGGCGCACAGUCCUGCGUUAAAUUAGAAAAAAACGAGGUGGCUCGAUACAGACGGAAGCCAUAGGACACGGUGAGAAGGUAGAUUUAGGUUCGCUAAAAGAAGCGGGAGAAAGUUAUGACCAAGUAGAAUGUAGGCGCACAAAUCCAGUAAGAUCGAUGGUUUGCCCUUCUUGCAAACGGUGUCUUUAUCUCUAAUCGCGACGAGAACAUGUUUUUGCGUGGAGCUGGUUGGGGUGGUGGUGGCGGCCAUGGAUAUCUUUGUGCGAGGUUUAUGAAAUUCCCGGUUAUUUAGGAUUACUAUAGAAGACGAACUGCAACUCUCAGAACUACCUGUGUCUAUCGAGGCCUGAAAAUUGGCCCCAUUCAUCAGUACUUCGACCAUUGUGUUUGAAAGGCAGUCAGCAACUGCAACUGGUGCUACGGCGACAAUGAUCGGAUGCGUAGAGAAAGAGAAGACUUUUCGACUUUGUAAUGCCAAGCAAACUUUCUGGAAGUACCCCUUUCUACCAUAUCGCUUGUAUAACACGUAGCUUGCAGGGCAAUUCGAAGGAGGAUGCUUGUCUUGUAUUCACGAAAGAAACUGGAUAAACUGGAGGUCACUAGGUCAAGUGCUUAAACAGGACUGGGUGUAAUUUCGCACAUCUCAGUAGCGGCGAAGAAUGAGACCGUCGGGGACUGUUUUGCAGCCAAUUCCAGUGACCUUGCCUGCUCCAGAGCAGGUUAAAAGUUCAAAUUAUUAUGUUCCAAUAAUCUCUGCCGGAUCUGAUUUGCUGAAAGGCCACUGCUAGCCACGUCUCUGCUGACAUCGUCACGAUUUUGUUCUGAUGUAGCAGUUUUGAAAUCGCGGUCUUUAGUCAAAGACUUCAGCCUUUGGGGCGAACUUGCCGAGGAUUUAUCCAUCUUCCUGUCUACAGGUCGUUAUAGCAUGGCGAAAAAAAUAUUUCAUUUUUGUACCUUGAGUAGAUGCCUCGAAGCAACUGAAGCAUUCACUCAUGCAUUUCCAGACUGUCGGAUCCGAACGGUCCGAACGCUCAAUUUCUUCGGUUGCAGGAUCGGUCCGAACGCUCAAUUUCUUCGGUUGCAGCCUCGUGAUCGCGGACACUAAAUGUUUAAACGUGGGAAACGCGGUGGUUCCAUUGUUUGGAAGUAUUUGUAUCGACAUAAAAUCGCUCUAGUCUGAGGAAUAAACCGUUUUUCGAGCUGUAAAUUGUCGUAAUAAUCCGAAUGGUCACAAGCACGCGACUGUGAUAGGAUAGGAGAAUCAGAGGGAAUGAGUAUCCCAGAAUUGUGCCUUAUCUGACAAUUGGCUUAUCAGAACCACAACGAAAAACAGAACGGUACUCACUGAGAUGCCAUUUGGUCAGUGCAAUGGGUUAGCAUGAUAGUGAGGAUUUGCGUUUUUGACUUCGAUGUUUCAAAUUCACUUAUGCUGUCUUGCGACGACGUUGGCGUGCUCCUCCUCUGUCUGAUGAGGUCAGAAAAAUGGCAAUUUUUAUGUCACUUUUUUUUCAGUGACGCCCCUGCAGACUAUAUUACUCCCCAUCAUUCAAUUUCUUUUUGGGCCGCGUGACGACUGUACACGAUUGGUUUCGUUCUUGUAGUCCGACAAGCCCGCCGCUGGAAAUACUCCCAGUUUUCUUAGUGCGUGGCUGCUACUGAUUUCCAUUCCUCUACUGCAAAGACAUAUCCAAAUUCUGCUGGUAUCGCACUUCACUGGCAUCGUGUACAUUUGUGCGCAACGAAAUCAAUCUAAAAACGUGGACACUUUUUUGAGUUUCUGUGGUACUCCCUUUAUCCUUGCAAACAGAAACAUUCUUCAUUCCUUCGGUUUCCUACUUGUGGCUUGCCGCGUCACCAGCCCUUUUUGCCUGCAUUACGCCAACAGCUGUUGGUUAAAACUACACUUUAUUGACAGUUUCCAGCUUAUCGUAUGGCUGAGGUUGCCGACCUCUACUACGGUAUUGCCGCGCCCUUCAAGGCAGUUUCCAAACACAACAAGAAACACGCACAGCAGAUGCAGGCGUGCUUUGAGAAAGCCAUCAGACGGGGCUUUGUCUCGCCCUCCGUUCGGCGCGGCAAUCAGAUCUCACUAGCCCCCGCUGCCUCGACCAACGGGCCCCAGCCUUCACCGCCGUCCGAAGCCUCCGAGGAUCCAUUUGAGGCCGAAUUGGAGCACCACCUAUCUGGCAUGCUGGGCGAGGAGCAGGCUAAACGUCUGCUCAGUGGCGUCAAGCGUGGACGCCCACCUUCCCUCUUCUCCAAGAAAAACCUCCUGUACAGCGAUACGCUGUGGCCAAACAGCAGUCAGACAACAAAGGCAGGCAAUUCAAAUGGCAGUGACGGCCAACCUGCCAGCUCAGACUACUCCUCGGUGUGUGAUGGUGAUCGUGCACCUCCUUCACGGUAAGCACACACGUUGCCGACUAUGUUCACCGUGUGCUCCACAAUAAGCUGAAGUAAGCACGAUGACUUGCGCGUGAAUUAGUUUAGUGGUAGCAGACUUGCACAGCAUCUAUCGCACCCUCCCCUCCUCCCCCACCUGGACCCGGUGUCAAGACAGAGUCCAGAAGACUGGAGUCAGGGGAGGGCGCAGGUAGAUGGCAGAGUCCAGCCCGCACCUUGGCGCUCCACUCCAUAUUUCCUGGUCUACACAACAAAUGAGGGGGUUUUUUAACCAACAACAGUGGGGGGCUUAGCGCGGCCGAAACCGCACCUAGGCGUACCACCACACCUGGCUCCGAUCCCACAAAGUGGGAGGGCCAACACACACAUGUGUGUGGCACUUUGUCACGCGUUGUUUAAUUGUGACGCCGUCCUUCACCCUAAGACAGGCCUUUGUAGAAUGUCGAUGUUGUCUCAAAAAAAAUAUGCGCAAAGUCCUUAUCAGACUUGCUUUUCUCUUGGCAGUUCUUCACGUUUCAACCUCCCCUCCGGCAUCCACUAUGAUCACGAAGAGUUUCUCAAAUUCCUAGCCACUCCGCUCUCGGAAUUAGAGGAGAACCGGCUGACGGAAAUGGCGAAAUUACGGCCGUUGGAUAAGGAAUUGCAAUCCGCCUUUCAGGUACACUUUUUCUUAAAAGUAAAGUCUCCGCCUCUCCAGCGUUUACCUUUUUUCCAUCGUACACUGCACAUUAAUGUUGUGGGUUCGUGUCUGUGUCCCGUUCAGCGCCUUCAAGUUCAUAUUCAAAACCAUCGAGCGCUAAUUCUGGAGUUUUGCAAAGCUUUGAAAUACGAUAAAGCCACUUUUGCAUGGGAGAUGGUUUUCAGAACCAAUCGGAGUGUCUCCUCUUUUCGUCUACUUUAAGCUGUUUAUUUGUUGAAUCGUUCCGACAACCCAAAUCAUCAUGUCAGUACGACUACCUUUUCACAGUUUCCGUCUGUAACAGUACGGUUAUUUUUUCAUGCAUUUUACCACUAAGUGUAUUUUUGGGGUAUCUGUACUUCCUCUGUUGACAGGCGUAGCAGACAAGUCACAUUUAGCUUCGUUCGACGAUAGAACUCUGUAUACAUCUUGCCCGCUUCAGUCAAACCAUCGUUCUGGCCUUGUCAGGGGCAGAUGUCUCAGCUACUGCUUAAAGCCAAGCUAAAUCGCCCAAAAGGGGAAUGUCACUCGCGAAAGCUUGACGUUUUUGGGCAAACCGCAGCGGAAUCCUGCGUAUAGUAAUUAGACAAGGCUGCCAAGAUCCAAGUAGUCCAAGAAAACGGCCUUAGCUAGUCUGUUUGGCGGACGUUUGAUUUGUUUAAUACACAUACUACUUGGUAUAUGUUAGUAAGCUUGUUUUUAUCGGUAUUGGUGUCAUGCAUUGUGGCCGUUCUGCUAUGCGAAGCUUUAUUGAUCCGGUCUUUGCUGUUCAUCAGAUUUAUCUUUUUUGUCGGUUAUUUCGUCUCUGACGGCUCCAUUUGUGGUUUCUAGGCUGUGGAUUUGCAGGGUCAGACUGUACUGAACGGCUUGGAAAACUACUUGCCGCAUGGUGGAUUUCCCAAGGUGCGUUUCAGACGUUUGCCUAACCAGUUCUCAGGUACCUAA